AUGGUGGUGGUGGAUAAGGUGGUGGUGGAUAAGGUGGUGGUGGAUAAGGUGGUGGUGGAUAAGGUGGUGGUGGAUAAGGUGGUGGUGGAUAAGGUGGUGGUGGUGGUUAUUGGAGGUGGAGGUGAGUGGUGGGUGGUGGGAGUGGUGGGAGGAGAGGAGAGAGGAGGGCGGCGAGAGAGCCAAGAGUGGGAGAGCACUGAGAGUGGAACAGCCCACUGCCAGCACAGUCCAACUGCUGCAGGAGGCGGAGGUGGUGGUGGAGGUGGUGGUGGAGGUGGUUAUUGGUGGAGGUGGUUAUUGGUGGUGGUGGCUAAGGUGGUGGGGGAGGUGGUUAUUGGUGGAGGUGGUUAUUGGUGGUGGUGGAUAAGGUGGUGGGGGAGGUGGGAAUUGGCGGAGGUGGUUAUUGGUGGUGGUGGAUAA